AUGUCCAGCAUUGUAUUUUUUUCUGUUGGCAAUCCUGGCAAGAUGGCUAGGCAUUCGGUGGGCCAUUACAUACUUAAAAAUCUCAUGGACGCCCUUGGGGCCAAGCAACUUGUCAAAAAGGGCGUCUACUCUAUUUCAACGAUGGACAGCAUUUACUUUGUUAAAUCUAACGCCUAUAUGAACGAAUCUGGCAAGCUGCUCCGCAAGUUCCUAGACAGCGAGAAACUCGGGCAGUGCGUAGUAAUUGUAAUUUACGACGAUUUCGAGACUCCCAUGCCUAAAGUGAAACUUCAGCAAUUUAAGAAGAACGAAUCCCACGGCGGCAUCAAGUCGACCGCGCGUGAAUUACAAGCUCAAGCGGUCAACGGAUAUAAACUUGGUAUCGGGAUUGGCCCAAAACCUGCCCAAGCGUCCAGAGAGCUGAUGGCGUCUUGGGUUCUCUCUGAUUUCAAGGAGGAGGAAAAACUUGCACUCGCAACAUCUAUGGACUCUGUUUACCGAUACACGGAUGCCAUAAUAUCGAGCGAGGGCGAGGUCGAUGAUUGUAAUAAACUAAACGCGAGGGUCACCAAGGCAAUGAAAAGCGAUCUGUGA